UUACCGCUCCCCACCCGAUUACGUAAUCUUAUAACCGCCUAAUGACGGGCCUAUUACCCUUGCGAAAUGGCGCCAUAUUGAGCGUGUUGCCAUUGCCAACCAAGUGACGUCUUCAGAAGUUCCUGUUCAUAUUGACAGAACUUCGCUUCCCACAUCUCCCGCCCCUCUCUUCCGCCGCUUCUUCCCUGCGUGGACAUUUUAAGAAGUGGUCCUUCACGCUAUACUUAGAGGCCGGGAAGGCGGGGGGGGGGGGAGCGUUGCAGCCCACCCAGUGCCCGAAUGGGGCGGAGCAGUUCAGUUGGUCUAAACUGAGCUCUGGCGUUGAGCGACCCGAGAUGAGAAAAGCAGAGGCCCGGCCACGUCAGCACGACCACCUCGGGAACGCUGCUAGGGGAUCCGGUGGAGGAGAAGGUGGAGGUGCGGAUCGCGCCGGCGGAGUGCGGUCUGGAGCCAUGGAAAUCCCCUCUGGUCUGAUACUGGAACCAUCUCUGUAUACCAUUAAAGCAAUUUUCAUCUUGGACAGCUUUGGGCAGCGACUUUUGGCUAAGUAUUAUGACAACACAUUUUCAUCAACAAAAGAACAGAAGAGCUUUGAGAGAAAUGUCUUCAACAAAACUCAUAAGACAGAAAGUGAGAUUGCUUUCUUAGAAGGCUUAACUAUAGUCUAUAAAAGCAGCAUUGAUCUUUUCUUUUAUGUGGUGGGGAGUUCCCAUGAAAAUGAGUUAAUGCUGAUGUCAGUUCUUUCCUGUCUCUUUGAAUCCCUCAGUCAUAUGCUGCGAAAGAAUGUGGAGAAGCGAAUUCUGAUAGAAAACAUGGAUGGGGUAUUCCUUGUAGUGGAUGAGAUUGUUGAUGGAGGUGUGAUUAUGGAAAGUGAUUCCCAGCAAGUCAUCCAGAAGCUGAAUUUUAGAACAAAUCCGGAGCCUGCAGCUUAUGGCUUCAUUCUCUUUGAUUAUAUCACCAGCAAUUCGGAUCAAAGUGAAAUUAUAUCGGAAAAGUUGUACAAAUAUUGAAACAUCUUUCAAAGUGGGAAGCAGAAGUAAGACAUCAGUUCCCUUUAAGCAUGUUAAGUGUGGCAUGUUGAAUGGCUGAGCUGAAAUAUUUACCUUGGACCUCAUUUAUGAUUGUCCAGAGAUAUAGCCCUUCACAAGCCCGAAGUAUGAAAUAACUGUUCAGUUUGUUAUUAUAAGUAAUUAGCAUUAAUGCCUUGAAAGAAAAGUGUUGGUCUUUUUGAUCACUUCACAUAUCACAAGACAUAUUAAAUUGUAUCUUUUCUCUGUGGGGUUUUAAAUGCACCAUCACUGUCCAAAAAAAUGUCUCUUUAAAUACAGAAUAGAGGAAGGAUCAUCUGGUGUUCCUUUUUUAUCUCUGGUGGUGUGUAUAUAUAAGGGCUAAAAACAAGCUUAAUAAUGUUAAAUUAUCCACAAUAUUUUAUGUUUUGAUUUGAUGUAAAUUUGAUCAAUAGAUUCCCAUUCCUUUGAGAAUUUAUUUUUCUCACAAAAUGACCCGGUUAUCUAUAGAGACUAAAUAUGUGCUGCAGAGCAAUCAUGCAGAGAAUGUAAAGGACUACACAAAAUGUUCCUAAAUUUUAAGAGAAAAGAACUAAUUCCAACUACCGUAAUUACCCAAGGGCAACAUGGGAGGUAUAAGAAUUGCAGACAAAGCAAAAACUGUUUAUAAAAGGGUUAAAAUUGGAAACACCAAAAGCAGCUUCCUUUGGACUGUCCAUGCUAAUUAUUGUUUCCAGUGGCUCGGAAAAUGUUUAAUGCUUUUUAUUGUACCGUAUAUACUCGAGUAUAGGCCGACCCGAA